AAACCCUGCAAGCGAACAGCAUGUGACAAAUGAAGUGUGCAACUACAUUAAUUAACCGAUUGUCUCCCAACAGUCGUCGUACGACAACAGUGUUUCUAGUGCCAAAAGUGCCACGAUAAAAAAAUACAAAAAUAGAAUAAAAUUUUGUUUAAAACGCUAGAAACCACCGCAACCGUCGCGGGUCGCACAAAAUCGCACACCCGGUGUAGAAAGCAAAAGAAAGGAAAAGGAGAAAGUUGAGCAAGUGCCCGGUGUUUGUGUGUGUGUGCUGUUCGGUCUGCCGCUUUAUAUUUGUUUUAAACCUUUUGCUUCGCGCGAUGAUUAAAUAAGUUCGAUCGAGUGCGUGUCCGAAGUGAGCGAGCACCAAACAGGGACCAUCCCGCGGGACCAUGAUUGCCAGCAUGGGUGGCAACGUGCCGUCGUGCUACUGCUACCGGUGGAAACUGAACCGGCCGGAUGAGUGAAGCAGCCCAAGAUCGAGUGUUGUGUGUUGUCGCGCUGUGCGGCGCUGUUGCGAAUUUUCUUCCCUAUAAAGUGGGCGCGCGGAGUGUUAAUGAAUAAUUACACUAAUUGUGGCCAUUUAUGGUGACGAAAAGCCGAGCCGAGAAAAGCGUCCGUCUGUAUAAGCCCAGCCCCUGUGUGGUAGAGCAAGUGCACACAGUUGGACAGGUUGCGGCGUGCCCAUCUUAAGGGGUUCGACAAACAAGCAACGGAAAAUAACCGGGGAGCUUGGUGCGCCGAAGCAUUCGAGGCAGAUUAUCGGCCGUGGUGCGGCGGAGGUAGAAACAAGUACCACAGACACACAUCGGGACAAUUCUGGCCGGUUUUGUUGGUCAGUCGGUUGGUGUGUGUUGGAAACUGGAAACUCGAACGGGAUCGGAUGCAGCCGUGCGAUCGGUCCGGACUGAUCAUAACAUACGGAAACGUGAAGUUAGCCGUAGUGUACGUGUAGUGCAGUGCAGUCGGGCAGUUGCAAAACAUUUGUAUUACUAAGGUGACACUUAAAUCCCGACUCAUCACUCAACGGAUGAUGGCGUUUCAUAGCGAUCGUGUACCUAGUUGGCAAACGACGCGUGGUUUGCUGGGCUGGUGCAUUAUUUCAACCAUGCUGCUGUUGCUUCUGCUAGUUCCGAUCGUAUCGACAGCCGAGAGCUAUGGAUACGAUUCGGCGUCAUCCUGCGACCCAACGAGAGCCUCCCGCCGGGGACGUUCGCAGCUCCUCAAAACCAUUCCCUGCGAUCUGAGCGUGCAGGCGUACUGCAAUCUGCCCGGUUCCGCAUAUCCCUGGCAUGCCGUGCGUCGGUUUGUGCACGAAAACCAGGGCCUGAUGCGCCGGAUGUACGGCGACGUGCGGCACAUAUCGGUGCUGAAAGAGGAGUUUGAAAACAACGAGAUCGACAUUGACGAUAUCGAUCGUGCGACGGAGCGAUACACGAGGCCCUCCGGCCAUGUUGGGUCGGCCGGCGGACGGGAUGGCAAGCGGAUGAAGUAUUUGCGGCCCUCCUCGCCCCACUACGAUGGAGGGCCGGGACACUAUCCGCGGGAUAAGAGCAAUGAGAUCCCCCUGAAUGAGCCUCACUUCCGACCGACCCAGACGAAGACGACGGUAACGACGACAUCCACAACGACGCCCAGAAGUAGUAGUAUUAGUACCACGUCAACUGACAGCAGUAGCACCACCACAACCAGCGCUACCACGACGACUCCAACCGUAGAGUCGAGUGAUAUCUCUACCACGGGUAAAAGCCCUUCAACGACGACUGCGAGCAGUACCAGCACGAGUACGACCGUUGAGUCACCUCCGCCGAUAAAUGGUAGUCCAGCAUCGGUAGGGCAAACAGUGCCGUCCUCCACGCAGACCACAUUGGAGCUGCAGGAAGCAAACCCAUCAGUCGAGAGCAAAGUGGAGCAGCAGCAUGCAACUACUACCAGUACGCCGUCUACCGCCGACAAGAUCUCACCAGUAGGUGGGUCCAGUGUUGUUCCAACCAACAAGAACUCCAUUCAAGCUGCGGAUACGGAAGCUAUUGAUAUGGACGCACUGUCAUCGCUAGCUAAGCUGGAAACGAAUGAAUCGUUACAGGCGUCCUUCGCAUCUGGCGACAAAGACGUGGAAGAGACGGUUGUAAAGAUAUCCUCCACUCUGAAGCUCACCUCGUCCAGUACACUCGAGAAGGUAGAUGAUCGGAAAGAACCUCUGGACUCUGUUACAGAGAGUGGCGCUAAGGCCGGCGAGAUCGAGUCCACGAUCGGUAGCUAUCCCAAUGAUCGGCAAGAUACUGAAGAGGCAGUAUCCGACGAUAUUGCUGCUGACGACCACGAUUCACUGAGCAGCAGCAGUAAAACUGUGGCGGAAUCGUUGAUACAACAUCAGCCGAUUCAGACGACCAGCAAUGUACAGCAGCAGCAGCAGCAAAAGAUACGAUUUGAGAGCAUUAAACCACACUCGGGAACGGCGACGGGCAGUUCGACGUCGGUAAAGAAGACGUCCAACCCCGAGGGGCAACUGUUCCAAGAUGCGGCGCAGAAAGAACCGCCCGUCGUUAAUGGGCGCGGAGUUAACGCUUGCCCAGUGAAGGAGGAGGUAGUCGCACCGUUCUGGGCCAACAAUACCCGGGGGGAGGUGCUCGCACUGCUGAACCUGUAUCCCUUCGAGCAGUACGUGCACUGGGAGAAGUGCACGCACGAGCUGAAGCAGAUGUACUGCCGCGAGGGCUGUCGCUGCGAGCAGCAGUACCGAUUGCACCGGCUGCUCGCCUACGACCCGCACAACGAGUGCCGUGGCAUCUUUUCCGACUGGUUCCGGUUUCCGUCCUGCUGCAUCUGCAAGUGUUACGAUAUGCCGUUCGAUUUCCGCGUCACCUCGCGCAGCCCUCGGUCGUUGACCAAGGAGUCGAUCGAGCUGGUGGAGGAUGAACUGCAGAAUGCCAUCUACGAGCAUGCGGCCGACGAGUGGUACCGACCGAAGGAACAUGACGUUGAGUAAGUUGCAAGUGUGGGGAAUGGCAAGGGCGCGUACACGCGCGUUGCACACUUCCCACACCACCAUGUUGCGUCCAAAGGCUAGUGAUGAAAAUGUGAAACUUUUUUUUUACUGUUGUAUCGUGCGGUUCAAAGGAGGUGGAGGAGGAGCUGGUAGGGCUACGUUCGGACUGUUUUGUUUUUGUUACAUCGUACUGUAACUCAUACGCGACGGGAAGGAAACGUAUUAAAACGUAUAAUAAAUGUAAUGAUUGAAUGCGUCAUUGUUUUGUUUCAAAAGUUUUAUGAAUUUAAUAUAAUAAUAAUAGUAAUAAUAAUAG